AUGUCAUCACAAUCGGGAUGUGAUACUCUUCGUAUCUUGCAUUUACCUCCGUAUUUAUCGGAUACUCAACGUGAUGAGUUGUUCAAAAAAUAUGGUGCUAUGAAAACGAGAACUGUUAGAAGGUCUGAGAAAUAUACAAUGACUUUUGCCAAGUUCCCUUCGAAACAAGAAGCUACUGAAGCUUUUUUACGAUUACACCAGUUGGAAGUGCGUGGGCAACAUUUAUCUGUUGAAUUUGCCAAGAAGUCUGUACCUAUUGAACUUUCCGAUAGUGACAUUCAUAGGACUGAAGUAAUUCAGGAAAAAGCAAAGAAGGAUGGUCCAAAUAAAACGCAUUUACAGGCUUUUCUUAAAAAGUUAAAUAAUUGGGCAAACAGUCAUAUUCUUACACAACCACCACCACCAAAUAUUUGGUAUAAAUAUUCACCGCCAACCAAAAAUACAUUAUUACGAAUAGCAAUACAGUUACUCAAGGAGCCAGCUUUUUACACGCAGGUUUUACACUUGAUGAACAAGAUGAAUUUACCACCUCCAUUUGAGGAGUUAGAUUCUGAAUUUCCAAUGCUUCGUGAAGUCUACAAUAUGGAGAAGUAUAAGGAUAUUUUUGGAGUUUCUAUUGAAGAGAAUGAGGAAGCAGAAGAACAACAAUCUGACGAGGAAGAAGAAUCGGAACUGGAGUCUGAUGAAGAAACCCACAACAGACCACCAGAAAUUAUUCCUGUGAAAAGGAAGAAACCACAAUCUACAAAACGUUUAAAAAUUCCAAAAUUUGUAAAUCCAACCAAACAAAAUGUCACUACCAGUUCAAGUCAAAAACCAAUCAGACCAGAAGAUAUGUUCGAGUCCGUUCAACGUGGCGAGAUUAAGAAACCAAAAAUUGAGUUAAAAAAUGUUUCUGAUAAAUUAUUAGAAACGUCAACCGAUACAAUAACUGCGUCUACAGAAACUCCAGAACUAGAAGGUGGUUUCGGUCUUAUGUAUCCGACAAAGAAAAAUGAUGAUGAGAAAGCAGAAGAAAAUCCAAGUCCCCAAUUAGAGGAACAAGAAUUCAUUACUGCAGAACAACUCGCAUCUAACAGAAUAUCCGCAAACGAUCAAAGGUUACUUCCGGUUUUCAAGAAUUACCAUGCUGGAAAGCCGUCAUGUCGCUUAUACAUAAAAAACUUAGCCAAACAAGUGGAGUCCAAAGAUCUUCAUUUCAUAUACAAAAAAUAUGUAAUACCAACCAUGGAAAAUCCAGAUUACCAAUUUGAAGUUCGAUUAAUGCAAGAAGGUCGAAUGAAGGGUCAAGCAUUUGUGACACUACAAAACACAACCCAAGCCCAACUGGCCCUGGAAGAAACAAAUGGCUACAUCCUAAAAGACAAACCAAUGGUGGUGCAAUUUGCAAAAGCAGCUAAAAGCUAGCAAUUUAUUACACCCAAGACUGAUAAUCCCAUCGAGAUACAAUAUUUAUGUACAUAAAACCCAAGCAAAGUAAAUACUAUAUCAAAUCCAAA